AUGGCAGAUCUUGAGAAGAUUCUUGAAAGGCUGGGGAUUUCUCCUGAAAAGCGGUGUCAGGUGAUUAAAAAAGAGCAGGUGGUUCGGAACAUGGAGAAGAUCUUUCUGGGGAGGGACCUUUCGAAUAGGUUGCUGUAUACAUUAGCCUGCAUUGCUCCAAAGAAUGCUGAUCUUGGGCUGUUGGCGGAUCUGGUUGAUGCUCGGGUCAUCAAGCAUGAGAGCAUGCUGAAGGAAUGUCUGCGAUACACGGAGAAGAAGGAUGUUUCGAUGGAGGAGAUGACUCGGUUUGUGAAGAGGAACGAGGUUUCCUCUGAAGAUGUGCGGAAGUUUGUUGCCAAGAUGAGAAGCGAUAGAGUGGCGAAGAAGGACAUGGUCAGUAAGGCAAGGAAGGCCAUGCCCUGUGCAGACUUCAGGGUUGUUGUUGAGGAGAUUAAUAAGGUCCCUGAUGAUGUAGAUGGUGGAGAUGAGAAAAGGCCUUUAGAGGGGGGUUGGCUGGAAGAGGGGGAGAUUAAGAAGCUUCCGAAGCCUUCGGAGAUUCCCCAGAUCAACGAGGAGAUAAGGCAGGCCCAUCUACGGAGGACAGGGGGGAGGGUUGUCACCAGGUUUCCGCCUGAGCCUAAUGGAAUUCUUCACAUUGGGCAUGCAAAGGCAAUAAACCUGAACUUCGAAUAUGCCAAAAAGUUUGGAGGAUAUACCUAUCUGAGAUACGACGACACAAACCCCAAGAACGAGGAGGCAGAGUACUUCGAUUCGAUCUACGAGGAUGUCCGGUGGCUUGGAUUUGAGCCCUACAAGGUCACUGCCUCAAGCGAUUAUUUCGACAAGAUGACUGAGUUUGGUUUUCAGCUUAUAAGAAAAGGAAAGGCAUAUGUCUGCCACCUAAGCCAGGAUGAAAUAUGCGAAAGAAGAAGACAGUAUGUGUCUGAUGGAACGAAUGACAGAUCGCACCUGAGCCAGUACAGAGACAGGCCUGUCUCGGAGAAUCUGAGGCUCUUUCAGGAGAUGGUUGACGGUAAAUGGGAAGAGGGGAAGGCAUGCCUCAGAUUCAAGAUGGACACUGACACAAAGAACCCCCUGAUGCUUGAUCUUGUGGGCAUUCGGAUAUUGGACGUGGUGCAUCCCAGGAAAAACGUGAAGUAUACUGUGUAUCCAACCUAUGAGUUUGCUCUUUGUGUAUCUGACAGCCUGGAGGACGUAACGCACUCCUUCUGUACAAGGGAGUUUUAUACGAGGCAGGAGAGCUAUAACUGGCUACUUGUCCAGCUUGAGAUCUACAAGCCCAUCCAGUGGGAAUUUAGCAGGCUGAAUAUAAGCAACACUGUUCUGAGCAAGAGAAAGCUGCUUCCUCUGAAGAAGUACGGGAUUGAGCUAGACGAUCCUCGGCUGUUUACGAUCAAAGGGAUGAGGAGAAGAGGCUUCCCCCCGGAAGCCAUCAACCAGUUCUGCCGAAGCCUCGGGUUCACCUUUGCAGAAACAACGGUUGAUGUGAAGAAGCUCGAGAACUUUGUUAGAGACAAUCUCAAUAGGACCUCUCGAAGAAUCAUGUGUGUGAAGGAGCCUCUAAAGGUGACGAUAAUGAAUUCGACGCCGUGCAGUAUAUCUAUUCCGGACCUUCCCGGGUCGAGUGUUGUCAGAGAUGUUCCAUUUACUCCUGUCAUAUACAUAGAGAAGUCGGACUUUAUGGAGAAGGGAGACAAGGACUUCCUGAGGCUGACCCCUGAGCAGCCUGUUGGGCUUUACAUGCUUUACCCAAUAAGAGUCGUGAAGGUCACUCCGGACGGGAUUGUAGCCGAGAGAUGGGAUGGAGUUCCAAGGAAGUUUAUACACUGGGUUAGCGAAGACUCUGUCGAAGUAGAGAUGAGGAUGUAUUCCUCACUCUGGACAUCGUUCAGCCCGAAGGAUGCCACCUAUCUUGAAGAGAUGAACAAAGACAGCCUCAAGGUCUUCCACGGGCUCUGCGACAAGAGAAUUUCAGAUGCAAGGAUCGAAGACAGGUUCCAGUUCCAGCGCAUAGGAUACUUCUGCGUGGACAAAGACACGACCAAAGAAAACAUUGUUGUUAAUCUUACGAUUCCUCUCAAGAACAUUGCUUGA